AUGGUGAAGUCGUUGGAAGAGAACCCGAUGCGGAAAAUCCGCAUCGAGAAGCUGACUCUCAACAUUUGCGUUGGCGAGUCUGGUGACAGAUUGACUCGUGCAGCUCGUGUGUUGGAGCAGCUUACUGGCCAAAGACCGGUGCUCUCUAGGGCCCGUCUGACGAUUCGUUCCUUCAGCAUUCGUCGUAACGAAAAAAUCGCCUGUCACGUUACAGUUAGAGGGAAGAAAGCUGAAGAAAUACUAGAAAAAGGACUAAAAGUUAAGGAGUACGAGCUCAAGAAGAAAAACUUCUCGGAUACAGGGAACUUCGGAUUCGGUAUUCAGGAACAUAUAGAUUUGGGCAUUAAGUACGAUCCCUCUACUG